AUGAUUCCAAAAUUAGGUGUCACAAAAUUUGCUUUUAAGAUUUCAGAAAUAUCAUAUAUAAUGAUUGGAGUUGGGAUUAGAGAGAUAGUAAAAAUAGCAAUUAUGAAGAUUGUAGUAAUUUAGGAGGAGGGUAUAAAAUUAUGAAUUUAAAAGUUUUUAAAAGAAUAUAUUGCAUAUAUAAUCCUGGCUAUUGUUAUUCUCGAGAUUAAAAAGAAAUAGAUAAUAAAUACAUUGGUUGGGGAUUUUCGACAAAUGACAUUAUAAUUUUUGAAGUAGAUAUGAAAAACAAAUAUGUCAAAUAGACUAAAUAAUCCAUAAACAAAUCAAUCUUUUAAUUUUAUUAAGGCUAUGAAUAUCGACACAACAUUAGACCUAUACCCGUGUCUACAAUUUAAUUAAAUAGUAAAGGUAAAAUUGAAAUUAUAAAUUAAUCAUUUUCAUAAGAGAAUUAUUGA